UGUAAAUCUUGAAAUUAUUUUGCUAGUAUCAAAUUGAUGUCGGUAUAUGAAGCCUCCCAACAAAGGAGUUAACAUAAUUAAAGUUUAUAUUGAAUGGUUAAUUAAUUAAUCGUAUGAGCAUGUGAUAUUUGUGUCAAUUUUAUAAUUAUUAUAAUUUAGGGUUGUGAAUUUAGUUGAAUUGUAUGACUAUAUAAUUGAGAAAUUUAUUUAAUUUGAAAUAAGUAUACUGAUGGAAUUGGGUUAUGGUUAUUAAUGGAUGAACUAGUGUCACACAGAUUUUGGCAUGGUGGGGUUUUUAAAAAGAAUGCAAUUGGGUUGUUAAAAUAUGUUGGUGGAGAAGGGAUGAUCUUGAUGAAUUGUGUUGGUGGUACCUUGUAGAAUUGGUUUAGAAUUGUGGGUAUAAAAAAGUUGAUGUAAUUUUUUAUUUAGUACCAAAUAUGAGUUUUGAAGAUGGGUUGAGGAGGGUUUAUGCUGACAAAGAGGUGUUAGAAAUGGGAGCAUUAGCAAUUAAGUACAAGGAAAUUGACUUGUAUGUGCAACUUGGAGUGGAUGAGCCAGAGAUGAUACCUAUCCUCCCUUCUUCAAAUGCACCAGGUGUUAAUAACACAACUAAAAAAAAACCCCAAAGAACCUUACAUAAAAAAUUCUGAAAUAUUGACUCCAACCAGAAAAAAAGUGGUCCCACCUAGUGACCCACACUAGGUCUGGCAAAAGUUAACUCGACCCGAAAACAAGACCCGAACCCGACCUGAAAAUAUCGGGUUAGAAUUGAGAUUUUAGACUCAAAAACUUAAAUGGAUCAACACGAACUCGGCCUGAAAUUAAAUGGGUUAAGUUAAGGUUGAAAAUUCCAACCCGAAAAUGACCCAUCUAACCUGAAAAUUAAAAAAUAAACAAUAAAUAAUAAAAAAACAAAAAAAAAGGAGGAAACUUACUAAAACAAGCCCAAGCCCAUAUUUAGGACCUAAUAAAAGCUAAAACCCUAAAAUCCUCUCACACUCUCACUCCUCUCAGCCUCACUUCUCUCAGCCGUAAGAAGCUCUUUCUCUCUCAUAUUUCAUUUUUCCUCUCAAUGUUUAUAUCUUCAACUCUUAAGAAUUCAAACCCUAAAAAUCUAAAAUCCUUUAAUUUGCCUCUCCACGCCUUCCUCUCCUUCACGGACAUCACGGCUCAAAUCGCUCAACAAGAUUUCAAACUUCAUCCAUCGUGAGUCUACAGAUUUUUUAAAGUUUGAGUGGAAAGUAGGGUAUAGAUUCCCUAACAGAGAUUCUUUCAAAAAAGCUGUAGCAAAAUAUGCUAUACUACAAGGAUGGAAUCUUAGUUUUGUGACAAGUAAUAAGAAGAGGCAACAUAUACUUGAGGUUAGAUGCAUUCCUUGUUGUGCAAUUAGGUUGUAUGCUUCGUGGGACUCUAGAAGGGCUUGCUUUGUAGUCAAAUAAGUGGAUAAUGGGCAUUAUUGUAGUAGGAACAUGGAGAAGAGCAAGCAACUAAAAUCAACCUGGCUAGCUGAAUAAUUCCUUGAUAUCUUCAAAGCCAGGCCACAUUGGCCCGCUAAGGAAAUCAUGGAAACUGUGAAAAGAGCAUAUAGAGUCUAGAUUAAAAAGGAUUUGGCAUACAAGGUGAAAUAUCAUGCACAUAGAUUAUUGCAUGGUUCAAUGCAAGAGCACUAUAACAAAGUAGGUAUGUACUUGGAAGGUUUGAAGGCAAGUGAUUCAAACACAUAUAUUAGAUUGGUAAUGAAUUCAACUAAGAAAGAACUAGUGUUCCAAAGGUUGUUUGUUUGUUUUGAUGUGGGAAAAAAGGGAUGGUUGGCUGGUUGCAGAAGGUUGUUAUGUGUAGAUGUAUGUUUUCUUAAGACCUUCCUCGGAGGACAACUUUUAGUAGCCGCGGGAAGAGAUGCAAACGAUCAAAUGUAUCCAGUUGCUUGGGCGGUUGUAGAAGGGGAGAAUAAUGAUUCUUGGGCAUGGUUUAUGACAGAGGUUAAAGUUUGUUUGCAACUUGGUGAAGGACAUGGACUUGAAAUUAUCUUAGACGAACAUCAGUCAAUAUUGGAUGCAGUUGCCAACAUUCUUCCAAAUGCAGAGCACAGACAUUGUGCUCGACAUAUUUUUGCACAUUGGCACAAAUCAUUUAGAGGAGAUGAGAUGAAAUUACUUUUUUGGAGGGCUGCAAAGUCGUACAAUAUGUCAGAUUAUAAUGAUGCUUUGAACGAUAUGGGAAAGCUAGACCAAGAGGCUGUUGUCGGUUUUAGAUCUUAUAAUCCCAGAGUGUUUUGUAGAGCAUUUAUGAGCACUGAAACACAGGUAGAUGUGAUUAUGAACAAUCUAGCCCAAACAUUUAAUGGAUACAUAAUAAAUGUAAGAACAAAACACUUGAUAUAUAUGUUAGAAGAUAUUAGGACGGCAUUAAUGCAAAGACUAGCUUUAAAGAAGAUACAUAUGGAGAAGACCUCAAGUAAAGUGUGUCCAAGAAUUCAAGUAAAACUGGAGAAAGCUAAGGAACAAGCUGCACAAUGCAAUGUUACUCUAUCAGUGCAACCAGGUUUCAAGUGAGCUAUUUCAUGGAUGUCUUGAAUGUAGACCUGCAAACUAGAACAUGUACUUAUAGGAAAUGGGAUCUCACCGGGAUCCCAUGCUGCCAUGCAGUGGCAUACAUCUUCUUUUGUCACCAAAAUGCUGAAGAUUAUGUCUCUCAAUGGUAUAAAAGAGAGACUUACUUAGCUUCGUAUUCUGGUUCUAUUCCUCCAUGUGUAAGUGAGAGGUGUUGGCCUAGAGUCAAUGUACCACUUAAUUCACCCCUAUUAAGAUAGGUCUAGGAAGGUCGAGGAGAAAUAGAAGAAAGACCCUCAUGAGAACCCAAAAAAACCAGGAAGGUUAACCAAGCAUGGAGUAGAAAUGACAUGUAGUAUUUGCAAAACCAAAGGUCAUUAUAAGAGGAAAUGUCCAAAUAAGGAUAGGGUAGUGGAACAAAUUGAAAAGAGGCUAAGAACUGAUGGUGCAAGCACAUCUCAACCCAUUGCACAAACACUAUCAUCACAAGUUCUUAAUGCCACCGUUGAACCCACAAGAACAAGUAGAGGUGGACGAGUGAUAAGAGGGGGAAGAGGAAGUAGAGGGGAUAGGGGUGGUAGACGACCAAGCAUAGGUAGAGGUAAUAUUGUACCUCAAGGAUUUGGAGUUUUUAUUGCCGUUGAUGGAACAACAACAAUAAAUAAUUCUGGAUAAAGAGAUGGACAAAGAGGUGAUCAGGGAUAGCUCACACAAUCCUCAUUAUAUUAAACUAGCUACGUGCCCUGCAAACAGUCAAGCUUCGACAUCAUGUGAUUAAUUAUGGAGUUGAUGUCAUGAUAAAUAAUAUAUUUAGUACUCAAUUUUUUUUUUUUUUUUUUUUUAAUGGUAAUCUUUUUGGCAUGCUAUUUUGACCGAUGUCAAGUAAUAUAAUUUUGUUUCGGAUAGAUGUAUUUACUUGAUGGUUUUCAACAUUAUAUGGCAUAUUCAAUUGGAAACACAAAAUGUCUGAUCAUUUGAUUAGGUGAAAAAAUUAUUAAUCAGGGUAAUACAAUCCAAAAAUUUACCCUCACAUUCUGUUGCAAUCUAUAAUCAUAAUUCAUCAUAAUCUAAUUAAUACUUACAACUAUGUAAUCAAUCCUUCCACUAACUACCAACCUAAA